GAAAUAUAUGUAUAUGUAAAUGAUUGUAUGUAUUUAACAGACCAAGAAGGCAACAACGACUAUAAAACUCCCUGCUUCUCGCUCUACGCUCACACAUACUUGAUACUACAGCCUCUCCCUCUGCACAGUGCAGUUGCUCUGUCUCUUCUUCUAUUAUGAAUUUAUGAUUCAUUAGAAAAGAUUACAGACAGUAUCAGCACUUGCUAAAACAGGGGAGAGACCUUUUUCUAUUCACAGAAAAAAAACAGAGAGAUCUGUAAAACUAGCCUCACUUGAGUAAAAGCUGUUGAUGCUUUAGCCGAAUCUCAUCCACAUUGUUAUUCAACAGCUUCAUAUACAAAAUUCAUACAUACCCACAUAAAGAUUUUUGCGUAUAUGCAGAUCUAGUGGUUGCUUUUAAGCUCCCCUGUUUUGCUCUGUUUUUUACUCUGUUUUUGUAGAAAAUAUGGCUGAGGUUUCCGCGAAUAGUUUCAUGCCAGAGACGUUCCAGGGAACAACAGUGGAUUUAACUUCACAACUUGGAUUGCUGUGGGAGCUGAUUAGAGUCCCAUUGAUUGUACCAUUGCUGAAAUUUGCAGUGGUUGUAUGUUUAGCUAUGGAACUCAUGUUGUUUGCUGAGAGAUUAUACAUGGGUAUAGUCAUUGUUUUGGUGAAACUCUUCUGGCAAAAGCCUGAAAAAAGAUACAACUGGGAGCCCAUGAAGGAAGAUUUGGAAGCUGGAAGCUCUACUUUUCCAUUGGUUCUUAUUCAGAUUCCUAUGUUCAAUGAAAAAGAGGUUUACAAGAUCUCAAUUGGGGCUGCAUGUAAUCUCUCAUGGCCUGCAGAUCGUCUUGUUAUUCAAGUUCUUGAUGAUUCAACUGACCCUAUUGUCAAGGAGUUAGUUGAGAAAGAGUGCAAAAGGUGGGCAGCCAAAGGCUUGAACAUUACCUACCAAAUCAGAGAAACAAGGGGAGGCUACAAAGCUGGUGCUCUCAAAGAAGGAUUAAAACGAGAUUACGUUAAAGAUUGCGAAUAUGUUGCCAUUUUCGAUGCUGAUUUCCGGCCAGAACCUGAUUUUCUGCGGCGAUCCAUCCCGUUCCUCAUGCACAAUUCCAAAAUUGCGCUUGUUCAAGCUAGAUGGAGAUUCGUGAAUUCUGAUGAAUGCUUGAUGACAAGAAUGCAAGAGAUGUCACUGGAUUAUCAUUUUACAGUGGAGCAAGAAGUAGGAUCAGCUACUCAUGCCUUCUUUGGUUUCAAUGGGACGGGUGGUAUAUGGAGAAUUGCUGCUAUCAAUGAAGCAGGUGGGUGGAAGGAUCGAACAACAGUCGAAGAUAUGGAUCUUGCUGUCCGAGCUAGUCUUAGGGGCUGGAAAUUCGUUUAUCUUGGUGAUCUUCAGGUAAAAAGUGAACUUCCUAGUACUUUCAAAGCCUUCCGGUAUCAACAACAUAGAUGGUCGUGUGGUCCUGCUAAUUUGUUCAGGAAAAUGGUGAUGGAAAUCGUGAGGAACAAGAAAGUGAACUUCUGGAAGAAGGUUUAUGUAAUAUACAGCUUCUUCUUUGUGAGGAAGAUCAUAGCUCAUAUGGUCACAUUUUUCUUUUUCUGCGUCGUCCUUCCAUUAACCAUCAUGGUUCCUGAAAUCGAUGUUCCAAAAUGGGGAGCCAUUUACAUUCCUUGCAUUAUCACCACUCUCAAUUCAGUUGGAACACCAAGGUCAAUCCAUUUAUUGUUUUACUGGAUUUUGUUUGAAAAUGUCAUGUCUUUCCACCGCACCAAGGCAACCUUCAUUGGUUUAUUUGAAGCAAAAAGAGCUAAUGAAUGGGUUGUGACUGAGAAACUAGGAGAUGGUCUUAAGAACAAAAACAGCAAAUCGAACAAGAAGUUCCAGUUCAACUUCAAUAUAGGAGACAGGAUACAUGUUACAGAGCUGGGCUUCACAGCAUUUCUCUUCUUCUGCGGCUGCUAUGAUUAUCUUUAUGGAAAAAACAAUUACUUCGUUUACAUGUUCCUCCAGACAAUAACCUUUUCAAUUGUGGGAUUCGGCUAUAUUGGCACAAUUGUCCCAACCUAAUAGACAAAGCAAGCAUCAGCAACAUAUCCUUCGUGCUACAUCGUUCUUCUUUCCAUGCGUAUAUAGAAUGUGUGUUUCUGUUCAGCAAUGAUUUCGUUCAUCGGUUCUUAGAGAAGAAGCCAGAAACUAGAAAAGAAAACAGUUUGGUAAUGGUUUUAGGGUAGAUACAGAAGAGUCAGGAAAGGUUGAUAAAAGUAUAGAUUGCAGCUAUUGUAUCUUCAGAGUUUAGAUCAGUAUCCAUGUUAUUAUUUGUGAAUUAUAUCAUUUGUUAUUGUCUUAUUUGUUCACCAAAUCCCUUCAGUUAUACAUGUAGCUUUUUCUCAGUUUGAAGAGUGAAAUAAACUGUCAGAAGAAUCAACCUUGUAAUUUGUCACAAAA